UAUUCCAUUAUACACGCCUCCUUACGUGCACCAUCCUUACGACCCUAUUCUCUUAUGUUUUUUGUCCCAUUAUCAUCUUGUCAAAAUAUUUUCCUUUCUGUCUUGUUUCGGCUUGAGCGGGAGUUUGGGGCGCUAUGCUAUGUUCGUCCAUUUAUCUUACUCAAACCAGGUCGUUUGAGUUGCAUUAUUUUUCUUCCCUUCAAGGGGAUUUCUCUUUUCUUCCUCUCCUAUUCAUCGCUCUCCCAGACUUGCGAUCGAGUGUUCUUUUACAAUUUUUCUUUGUACAGAAACUCGCCCGUCCUUUUCUUUUUCCUUUUUGCUUGUAUCUAUCUAUCUACUUUGGCAACCCCGAGUUUGUUUCAAGACUGUAUGUAUGUUAUCAGAUACAAAUUUUAAACCGCGUAAAGCAGUGGGAAAUUGAGUUGCAUUAUCCUACAAUCCAGAUUUCAACCGCCGACCUCGUUUCAAUUUUUGACGUUUUUCUUGGUGGCUUCUGGUUGCGGGCAGCGACUAGACAUCUUAAAGUAGACCAGUCAUAUAGACCUUUGGAGUUUGGUAUGCCUCCAGCUAACUUGCUUCCCAGUCAUUCAGUAGGAAGAACUGUUCAUGACACCGAUUAAGGAAAAGAGUGUUGAUUAACAAAAAGUGACCAAGUCAAUCCGUACAAGUCCGUCAGAAAUGCAUGUAUUAACAAAGAGCGUGCGUACACAUGUCAAUUAGAUACAUGUAAUGGAACAGGCUUUUUGACUGAACUUGACAAGUAAGUAUUUACAGCACAUUCGAAUUGCCAGAAUCCAAGUGCUGGGGGUUCAAAUAGUUGAAUUCAAAAUAUUUGCGUAUAAGAAAAACCCUACACAGAGUUCGAGA